AUGCAGAGGAUGAAGAGAUUUGGAGUUGCAGGAGUGUUGUCAUAUGGGCUGCUGAAUACCAUAUAUUAUCUGACAACAUUUCUCUUUUUGAACUUGCUGAUGGCUCACAUUACAUCUUAUGCUCUUGCAUUAGCUCCCAUUGUUGACAAAGGCUUGUCAUUGUUCACUGUGAAGUUUAACUUCAAGUCUGAAGGAAAGGCAUUCGCGAUGAUUGUCGGGUUAUGCUUCAAUUUGGCUUUUAUACUUAUCUUCUGCCUGACAUUUCUUUGGACAAAGAUCAUCAUGUCAAAGUAA